CGCUGCACGUCCUCCACAUAUCAUGUCGCUGUCGCGCGCCGUCCCUGCGCUCUCGCGCGCGCUCUCCACCUCCCCGUCCGCUGCGUCCUGGCCGACCGGUCCUACUCCCCCGGGUGCGAACUAUCCGACGCACGUACCGCUGAACGCGGCGCAGAACGCCCUCCUCGCCGUCGGGAGUGGCGUCGUCGGCGUCAUGGACUACACGAACCGGCCUGACCUCAUCGCGACGCUGAGCGAGAGCACCGCCGCGUCCUUUCUUCCGCGGCUGCACGACGCGAUGGCCGCGCAUCCCGAGGGGCGCCAGAUCCUGCGCGACCGCCCGGUCGUCAGCUCGCGCACAGUGAACCUCGAUAGCUUGCGCGGGAUGCGGCGCGGCACGGUCGGGCGCGAGUAUGUGGAGUGGCUCGAUCGGGAUGGGAUUACGCCUGAUUCGCGCACGGAGGUCCGGUAUAUCGACUCGCCGUCGCUCGCGUACACCAUGCUCCGGUAUCGUCAGACACAUGACUUGUACCAUACCCUGUUCUGUUUGCCGCCCACGCUCGCACACGAGCUUACGCUCAAGGUCAUUGAGUGGGCGAACAUGGGCUUGCCGGCCGCUGCGCUGUCGAGCACCUUCGGGCCAUUGCGGCUCAGUGCGAAGCGGCGCGAGAUGUGGCGCGCAGACUGGGCGCCGUGGGCACUUCGGGUUGGCGCCGCGGGACGGUCACUCGUCGGCGUGUACUGGGAGAAGCGGUGGGAGCAGGGGAUCGGAGAGCUGCGCCGCGAGCUCGGUGUCAGCCGCAUGGAAGACCCAGCAGUCAUCGGGCGCUGGAAGGGAUAUCGCGUGCUGCGGGAGAGAGAACGUGAGCUGCGGCGCACAGGCGAGUGGAUCGACGAGCCCGAGGAGUGGUAAUGGUGAGAAUGCGCGAGAGGAGGUACUACUCAGGAUCCAGUCUAUGCAUCGUUCUACAGUCAAGGA